CGGCGCUGUCUUAACUAUAGGGUUAUUAUUUUUAGUUUGUGUCUGACUUAUCUGGAAGUACACACUAUGUUAAUAUGCUUACAGCCAAUAUCCUUACAGCCAGAGCUGGUCUCAGUUCAGUUCCAGGAAGGAAUAAGGAUUUAGCAAUUAGCUUAUGUUAAUAAAUUCAAAUGAUUCAAGGCUAAUAAUACAUUUGUGUCAAAUUCAGACUGAUAAGGAAGACAUCUUAUAAAUAAAAUAAGUAAAAAAGAAACAAGGUAAAAUGAUAUAUUUUGUUGCUUGGGAUCUAGUUGAGAAACCUAACUUUAAAUGGAUUGAUUGUCCUUGCUAUGAAGAUAAAAAUCAGAAACGAAUAUUUCUUGUUUAACUGGUCAGACUGGUCACCUGUGAGUGACUGAGCAGGACUAGGAAGGAUUACGUUAGUGUCAGAGAAAGAAAUAUUUACAGAGGGAAAAAGUAUAUAUUGUUGGCCUCUUCUGAUGAGUAUUUUUCUUCGUUUGUUAGUGAUAUUGCGUUCCGCUUUUAAUAUCUAACUAACUAGCUGUUUGGAGCAACAAAAAUCCUCUUCAGAUUGGAUGCACAGUUGUUGCCAAAGAGACCAAACCCCUGUUGACUAAAAACAGAGUACAUAAAAAAACUUCUUGAUCAAUACAGGAAAUCUGAGAAUAUAAUCAAAACAUUUUUAACUUAUUUGGACAUAAAUUCUGUACACAUGGCCAUGGAGAGGAGGUCAUGCUGGUGCAUGAUGCUGUUCUUGAUAAUAGCUCUGGCGGUUGGUUUAGUGGCAUACAUUCACUUUAAACAAGACCUGGUAAACAAACUAAAAAAUGAGAUGGAGUUCUCUGAUGCAGCGGUUAGAGAAGCAGUGAUGGGUGUAGAGAACUUUGGUUCAGCAGUCGAGCAGACACAGAAAGAGCUGGACAACACUGAGAAAGAGGUCAAGGAGCUUCAGGACGAGGUCGGGAAAUUAAACCCCCCUAAAGAGGAAAAGGACAAAGAGCUUAAAGCCUGCAAGGAUUUAGUGGCAGGGCUGAAUAAUGACAUUGCAGCAGUGGAGAAAGACAAGACUGACUCUGAAGGUAAUUUUGCAGGUGAAAAAACUAAAUGGGAUGAAACCACAAAUGGCCUUAAAAAGCAGAUGGAGGAGACAAGUCCAGUCUGCGCUCAUCUGAAGAAAGAAGGCUUUGAGAAAGAACCUAGCUUAAAGGAUAUUUGCCCUCCGCUGCCAACUCCAGCUCAAGCAUAACUGGAAGUGAAUUCAACCGUUUGAACUCAAGACAGCAUCUAUCAGAGGAGUUCUAAAAAUAAACACACCUGUGACAUCAUUAUACCUCAUUGAAAUGUCAUUCAAAUGUGAUCUAAUCUGACGUCCGAUCAAGUCAGUGUCAUAGGUGACUGUAACCACUUAAAGAUGAUGGCUUUGUUGAGCCGUGUAUGUCUGCAUUAGCAAAUCAUGAAUACAUUUUUUUUGGCUCCCUAUAUGUAAAUUGGUCGUUAUUGCAUAAAAAUAAACUGCUUAAAAUCCGUUUAGUAAGUGAAUGUAUGAGACAUAAAACAAGCGAAAGCUUUUUUUUUUGUCUGAAAAACAUGGCAUUUACAUAUAAAGUGUCUGUGCAGUUUGUAUUUGGACUUAAAUUGGUAUGUUUUUCAGUAUGCUUUGGAAUAUGGGGUUUGAAGGGAAAACAGGGAUUUUGUGCUCAGUGGAUGCUGUAGCGUUUACAAUAAUGUAUUUUCUAUUAAACAUGUUGCACUCUACUAUGUUCUGUGCUUUUUUAAAACUGAUUUUACUAAAUAAAACAACAGAAAUCAC